CCACGAUAAGUGGAAAUAAAUUAGCAGAAACAUACAUCGAUCAUAACCAAAGGAUCAAAAGAUGCCGAAAAAAGAAGUACCUCCACUUCCUCCACUUAUUGGAUUUGGACGAUACCGUAACCGGUACGGCAAAAAGAUGGACAAAGAAGAAGAAGAGGAAGAAGACGUUGCUCCACCUCAGCCACCUCUUGGAUAUAAAGGAUGCCGUAACCAAUGCAGCGCAAAGAUGAACAAGGAAAAAGUAUCCCCACCUCCUACACCUCUUGGAUUCAGACGACACCAUAACCAAAACAGCGCAAAGAAGGACCAAGAAGAAGUGUCUCAAGUUCCUCUGCCUCUUGAAUGUAGACGAUAUCAUAACCAAACCGGCAACAAGAUGGACAAAGAAAAAGUACCUUCUCCACCUCCUUCAGCUCGUAGAUUCAAACGAUCUCGUAACCAAAGAAGCAAAAAUAUGGACAAAGAAGUACCUUCAACUACUCCAGCUCCCCGUCCCCGUAGAUUCAAACGACAUCAAAACCAAAACGGCAAAGAAAUGGACAAAAAAAUAGUACUUCUAGCUUCUCACCAUUUUCCUACCGAAAACCCAAGAUGUCCUGUGUCUCAUCCAGCUCAACCUCACAGCCUCUCUCCUAGAUUCGGUGGAAACACCAAGUUUGGCUGUUUUUCUUGCGGUGAAAAUACAUCUCCCAUGACUGAAGACCAGAUCUACCAUUUCUCCUGCACCACUUGCGAUGUGGAGUUCCACAGUGGUCAUUGUUUACGGUUUCCGAGGAAGUUGACGCAUCCUUAUCACCUCCAACAUCCUCUUACGUUCACCUUCCGGAACGAUGAAACCGGGAUCACAUCUGAUGGCAUUAUAGAUGAAUCUUUUUGCACUACAGUUUUCUCUGACUCCAACACGUCUGAUCCUAAGAAGUUAGGAUCUACCGAAUCUGAUCAUUGCACAUGGUGUGGAAAAAGUAUACAAGGAAGUUGGUCCUACCGUUGUUCUAUAUGCAACUUUUGUUUGGAUCUAUCUUGCUCUCAAAACAUUCCACUUCUCCUCGUCCCGAACCCAAAGAGUCAUCAGCAUCCACUCGUCUUCUACCGGCGACCACUCUUGACUCCAUGUGAUGCUUGUGGGUUGAUCAAUAUGUUGGAUCCAAGCUAUGCUUGUUUUCAAUGUAAUUACAUGGUCCAUCAAAGUUGCAUCAACUUACCACGAGUCAUAAAGAUCACGCGUCACCAGCAUCGUCUUUUUCACACACCUUGCCUCCAAUCUAAGAUUUCACUAUGUCGGGUAUGCUAUCAAAAAGUUGACACCAACUACGGCCAAUAUUCUUGCUACCACGAGGUUUGCUCUUAUGUAGUGCAUUCGAAAUGUGCAACGAAUGAGAACGUAUGGGAUGCGAAAGAACUCGAAUGGGAAUCCGAGGAAUCCGAGGAAAUUGAAGAUAUACUCCCAUUGAAGAAGGUUGGUUGUGGUCAAAUAAAGCACUUCUCUCAUAAACAUCCUCUAAAGCUCAAGAAGUACAAUGGUGUUAGAGAUGCAGAGAAGCAAUGUCAAGCAUGCAUCCUUCCUAUCAACUCUAGUGAUUUCUACAAUUGCAGACACUGUGACUUUUUUCUCCACGAGGUAUGUGCUGGUCUUCUUCGAAAACUGAGUCAUGCGUUACACAAACACCCUCUUAUCCUAAUCACCUCUCCUCGAAACCACUAUGAUCUCAUCGAUUGUUCAGCUUGUUCCAGAAAGUCCACUGGUUUCAGGUACAUAUGUCCGGAAAAAAAGUGUGUGUCCAAACAAGUUCAGAUAGAUGUUCGAUGUAUCUCAUCAGUUCCCGAAUAUUUCACCCAUAAAAGUCAUAAACAUCCUCUAUUUAUCUCCACGUCCUCCAAAGGUGAAAACAAGACUUAUUGCGUGGGUUGCAAGAAGAUAGGUAUGCGGUCUUACCUACAAUGUACCAUAUGCAAAUUUGCUCUGUGUUAUCAAUGCGCUACAAUUCCAACGGAAGUAAGCUACAAAUACGACAAGCACCCUCUUUCUCUAUGCUAUGGAGAAAAGGCAGAUGAGACGUACUGGUGUGAACUAUGUGAGAAAAAGGUUAAUCCAAGGGAUUGGUUCUACACAUGCAACGAAUGUUGUAUCACUAUCCACCUUCAUUGCUUAUUUGGAUCUUCUUCUUAUAUGAAGCCUGGUUUUAGAUUCAAGUAUUACUCGUCCAAAGUGGAAGUUCGUCGCAACAGUGUCACUCGACCGAAUUGCGUUGAAUGUGGUCAUCGUUGUCCAGGUUACAUCUACUACAAAAACGAUAACUCUGUAACGGUUACUUGUUCUUUGCAUUGUUUCGAGAAAAAGUUGAUACCGCUGCAAACAUGGUGAACUUUCCUUGCUAUUUUGUUUUUUCAUUUUUUCUUGAGGGACUUGUAACGUGACUUACUUCUAAUUCUAAAGAAUAAAAUCCUAAUGAAUUCGAUGA